AUGGCUCAAGAAGUUGAAAACAACAACAAUGACCAUCUGGUCCAGUCCUCUGACCCAGAGCACCCCGCCAACCUGAUUCCUGAGCUCUGCCGCAAAUUCUACAAUUGGGGUUGGGUCACUGGUACUGGUGGUGGAACUUCGAUCCGUCGCGGCGACCAUAUCUUCAUCGCACCUUCAGGAGUUCAAAAGGAAUUGAUUCAACCACACAAUAUCUUUGUCCUGGAGUUCCCUACUCCCAAAUACCCUCCUUCCGACCGCAAGUACAUCCGCAAGCCCCUCGAGCUGAAGCCGUCCGCAUGCACUCCACUGUUCCUUACUGCUUUCGAGCGUGGUGCUGGCUGCUGCAUCCACACGCACUCCCAGUGGGCCGUGUUGGUGACGCUCCUGGUCGAGCGCGAGAAGGGUCCAGACGCUUGCUUCGAGAUCAGCAACAUUGAGCAGAUCAAGGGUAUCCCUCGAGGCAAGGGGAAGGGCAUGCUGGGCUUCUUCGACACACUUAAGAUUCCUAUCAUCGAGAACACUGCGUUUGAGGAGGAUCUCACCGGAAGCUUGGAGAAGGCCAUGGACCAGUAUCCGGACACCUACGCUGUCCUGGUGAGGAGACAUGGAAUUUAUGUCUGGGGUGAUGACGUUGCCAAAGCCAAGACGCAGUGCGAGAGCUUGGAUUAUCUCUUCCAGCUCGCUGUUGAAAUGCACAAGCUCGGCCUUCCGUGGGUCAAAUGA